UCAACAACAACAAUUCAACCAACAUAAAACUGAAACAUUGAAUCUCUGAAUAAUUGUAUAACUAAUAUAAUCAAUCACAGUGUUUAAAACACAGCGCUCUUAAUGUAUGUACUAGUUGAUUUAAACUUAAUUAUCUUGAUAAAUUUGCUACGGAGCCUACUAGCACCAGGGUAGUCGAUAAUGCUAGCUAGCUAACAUCCCCGACCAUGAACUCACAAAGUUACUCCCCCCCUGCUGAAGAAGAGGUCUGCUGGACGGAGAAACAAGCUCUUGGGCUGAACGUUGUCGUAAAAGAGGAAGAUGAUGAUAUUACAGUGAAAGGAGAGGAAGAAACAUUCAGAAUGAAAAAAUAUAAAAUGGAGGCUAUCACGUUGAAAGAAGAAGAGGAUGUUGAAGUGAAAGAAGAGAAAAUACUGUUUGUUGUGAAAAAGGAAGAGGGGAUCCAGGCUGUCGCAUUGAAAGAAGAGGAGACUGAAUAUCCGAUUAACACAAAGCCAAAAACAAGGCAAUAUGCUCCUUUCUGGCCCUCCCAGAGCUCUACAUUGAAAGAGGACAUCAGAAAGAUACAGGAGGGAUCUAACGUGGCACCCGUGAGUCCCAGACAGUUUGGUGGUGAUGAUGACGACGCCAUUCAAUGGAACGGAGAACCGGACAUGAAGGAUUGGUUUCCUAGCAACAGACUGGAGGCGGAGUCGGCUCCAGAGAAGCACAAGCCAGUGCAGAGGGAGGGUGAACACAUCUCACCCACACCCCUCCCCUGUCCCCGAGUCCCGGGUCGUGCCUCUCCCAGUAGCGCCUUAAUGUGGGGUCUGAAGAGGGUGUCUGUGCGGCUGGUGGACUGCAGGAAAACAACGGGGCUGAGUGGAACUGUGAGAGAAGGAGAAGAGGGUGAUUCAAUGGCAUCAAGUAAGAACAACGGAGAAAGACCAGACUCAGAGGAGCCAGAGACAUCAGCAAGACGACACCACUGCUCGCAGUGUGGAAAGAGUUUUACCCGGCUAUUACACGUGAAAAGACAUGAGAAGACACACACAGGAGAAAAGCCCUUCCACUGCUCCCAUUGUGGACAGAGUUUUACCAGGUUAUAUAGCCUGAAAAGACAUGAAAGGACACACACAGGAGAAAAGCCUUUCCACUGCUCCCAGUGUGGAAAGAGUUUUACCCGUUUAUGGCACUUGAACAUGCAUGAGAGAAGGCACACAGGAGAGAAGCCUCACGGCUGCUCCGAUUGUGGAAAGACUUUUACCCAAUCAUGGCACCUGAAAAUGCAUAAGAGAAUGCACACAGGAGAAAAGCCCUUCCCCUGCUCCCAUUGUGGAAAGAGUUUUGCCCAGUUAGGGAGCCAGAAAGAACAUGAAAGAGUACACUCUGGAGAAAAACCCUUCCAGUGCUCUCAUUGUGGAAAGAAUUUUACCUGGAUAGGGAACCUGAAAACUCACGAGAGGACACAUACAGGAGAGAAGCCUUUCCACUGCUCCUUGUGUGGAAAGAGUUUUACUCAGGUAGGGGGGCUGAUCAAACAUAAGAGAAUACACAAAGGAGAGAAGCCUUUCCACUGCUCCAUGUGUGGAAAGAGUUUUACUCAGUUAUGGACUUUAAAAACACAUCAGUGGACACAUACAGAAGAAAAGCCUCACACCUGCUCCCAGUGUGGAAAGGGUUUUGUUACGUUACGGGGCCUGAAAAAGCAUGAGAGAAUACAUACAGGGGAGGAGAAGCCUUAUCAAUGCUCUCAUCGUGGGAAAGGUUUCGGACGAUCAGGGUAUCUAAAAGUUCAUGAAAGAAUACACACUGAAGAGAAACCAUAUCAAUGCUCCCAGUGUGAAAAUACAUUCUUCUCACCAGGGGACCUGAAAAAACAUGAGAGAACACACUCUGUAGAGAGGCCUUUCCAAUGUUCCCAGUGUGGAAAGAGAUUUAUUCAGUCAUCGCAUCUGAAAGAGCACACAAGAAUACACACAGGAGAAAAUCCAUUCCAAUGCUCUCAUUGUGGAAAGGGUUUUAACAGGUUAAGGAGACUGAAAACACAUGAGAUGACACACAGAAAAAUAGCUUUUCCACUGCUCCCAGUGUGGAGAGUUUCACCCAAUCAAGAUACCUGAAAAAGCAUGCGCUAACACACUCUGCAGAGAAGCCUUGGAAGAGAGAAGGUAAUCCACUGCUCCCAUUGGGGAAAAAUAUUUACCUAGUUAGGGAACCUGAAAGACCAUGGACCCCACACUGGGGAGUUGCCUUACAUCUGCUCCCAGUGUGGAAAGAGAGAUUUCACAUAAACACAGGCAGUUUAGCUAGGUAGUUGGCUAGGUAAUUAAACUAGCUAGCUGGCUAGGUAGUUAAGUUAGCUAGCAGAGAGAACAGUCUAUGACUAGGGUGCCUGGAGUCUUUGACAAUUUUUGGGCCUUCCUCUGACACCGCCUGCUAUAGAGGUCCACUGCCUGGUAUAGAGGUCAUGACGUGCCCUUGGGAGGGGGGAAUCAUAACCCCCUCUCGCUCUCUCUCUCUCCACAGUUCUAUGACGGUCUUAAGUACUCUGUUUCUGGGUCUGUAGAAUUGGAAUUGGAAUAUGUGACUGUGGGACACAGGGAGAGACUUGGCUGAACUUUAUCAUUCAAAAGGUUGAAUGAUGAAACCGUAUUUCUGUAAAUCCGGACAGUUCGAAUGGUCGGUGGGAAAUCAAGGAAUGACGAAUUUGCUUCCUUUGGUGACCUCAUUAAAGACAGGAGACCCACAUUACUGUAUGUUUGUUUCCUUUGGUGACCUCAUUAAAGACAGGAGACCCACAUUACUCUGUUUGUUUCCUUUGGUGACCUCAUUAAAGACAG